AUGCGUGGAAUCAUCGCUACCACGGCCCUGCUCGCUGGCGUGCAGGCGGCCGUUGACCCAAUCGUUAUCAAGGGCCAGAAGUUCUUCCAGAAGAACAGUGGUGAACAAUUUUUCAUGAAGGGCAUUGCCUACCAACAGGAAGUCAGCUCCAACACCACGGCCACCUCGCCCAAUGACAUCAACAUCACCGACCCCCUCGCCGACGGCGACGCAUGCAAGCGCGACAUCGCCAUGAUGAAGAAGCUCGAGACCAACACCAUCCGUGUCUACGCCAUUGAUCCCAAGAAGGACCACAAGGACUGCAUGACUCAGCUCGCAGACGCGGGCAUCUACGUCGUGGCCGACUUGUCGGAGCCUGGACUGUCCAUCAACCGUGACGACCCCAGCUGGACCGUCGACCUCUACAACCGCUACACCAGUGUUGUCGACGAGAUGAUGAAGUACGACAACACGCUCGGUUUCUUUGCCGGUAACGAGGUCAGCAACCAGCCCAACAACACCAUUGCCAGUGCCUUUGUCAAGGCCGCUGUCCGUGACACAAAGGCCUACAUCAAGAGCAAGAACUACCGUGAGAUUGGUGUUGGAUACGCCACCAACGACGAUGCCGCAAUCCGUGAAAACAUGGCCAACUACUUUGACUGCGGUGACCCAAGCACCGCCAUCGAUUUCUUGGGCUACAACAUCUACUCGUGGUGCGGUGACUCUUCCUUCAAGGAGUCUGGCUACGACGUGCAGACCAAGAACUUUGAAAAGUACAACGUACCCGUCUUCUUUGCCGAGUACGGUUGCAACACUCCUCGCCCCCGCAAGUUCACCGAGGUUGGUGCGCUUUACGGCAAGGACAUGGUUGGCGUCUGGUCUGGCGGUAUUGUCUACAUGUACUUUGAGGAGGAGAACAAGUUUGGUCUCGUUUCCAUCAAGGACGGCAAGGCUGUGCCCAACCAGGACUUUGACAACCUGUCCACUCAGAUUGCCAAGGCUAGCCCAACCGGUGUCAAGAUGUCCGACUACAACCCCUCCAACACGGCCGCUGCUGCCUGCCCCAAGGCCACCCCUGGAAAGUGGGAGGCCGAGUCGGACCCUCUCCCUCCUCCAGCCAACGCCAACCUCUGCUCGUGCAUGAUGGAGACUCUCGAUUGCGUUAUUCCCGACAGCACCGCCGAGAAGGACUUUGGUACCAUUUUCGGCUUCGUCUGCGGUCUCAAGAACGGCGAGUACUGUGCCGGUAUCAACAAGAACGCCACCGCCGGCCCCUACGGUGUCUACGGAAUGUGCUCCAACAGGGAGCAGCUGUCUUUUGCCGCCAAUGCCUACGCCAAGAAGAACAACGGCGGCUGCAACUUCAAGGGCAAGGCCACCACCAAGUCUGCCACUCCCAGCCCCACUGCUUCCGGCUGCUCUGCUCUCCUCAAGCAGGCUGGUGCUGAGGGUACCGGCACUGUUUCCGGUGCUGCUGCCGCUACUGGCGGCUCUGCCAGCGGCAGCAAGAGUUCUGGUACUGCCUCUGCCGGCGCUGCUUCUGCUCUCUCUGCUUCGCAAUUCUCUAGCGGUGGCUUUGGCUUCGGUCUCUACAUUGUUGGUGCCGUUGCCUCGGGCAUGGCCAUGAUCUUGUUGUAA